UCAAAAGUUUUUUUUUUUUUUUUUUUACAAGAACAAAAAAAUGGGCUCUUUAGUGGGACAUGUAGUACCAGGAUUUGGUUUCUUUUUAAUUGGUAUUUGGCAUUUAAUUAACAAUAUUAAACUACAUGCUAUAAACCCAAAAUCCUACACUUCACUUCCAUGGUUUCCAUUUCCAAAGAUAAGGUAUUUAGAACUUUUCUUGUUUAUUUUUAGUAGUAUUAUUUCAAUAUUAAUGGAACUUUUUAUAGGUCCACAAAAACACCAACCACUAGAUUUAGAUGGAACUAUUCCAUCUAAUCAUCUUAGAAAUUUUGAACAUUCAAAUAUUUCCCUAACUUUUUUGGUAUAUGCACUUUUCUCUAUAACUAUUGACAAAACCACACUAUCAAUCCCUACUCAAUUUGGACUUUCACAAUUUCUAGGUGCCAUUGCUUUUGGCCAUGAAUUUCUUGUUUUCCAUCUUCACUCUAGUGACCAUAUGGGUGUUGAAGGACAAUACUAUUGGCUUUUACAAAUAAUUAUUUUUAUGACUUUUUUCACUAUCCUUUCGGGAAUUCCUUUUCCUAAUAGUUUCUUGAAUAGUUUUGUGAGAUCUUAUAGUAUUAUUUUUCAAGGAAUUUGGUUUAUGGUCAUGGGAAUUAUGAUUUGGACCCCAAAGUUUAUACCAAAAGGUUGUGUUUUAAAUUCAAAUGAUCUUACAUGCCCUAAUCCUGAUGAUCUUAAAAGAGCAAAAUCAUUGGUAAAUAUUGAGUUUAGUUGGUAUUUAAUUGGGGUCACUAUUUUUGUUGUUUCCUUUUAUUUGGUUCUUGUCAAGAUUAUUUAUAGAGAGAAAGUUCAGUACCAAAUUUUAGCAAGCAAGUUUGAAGAUGAAAAAGGUGAUAUUGAAGAUGUUGAAGCUCAAGAAGAAAGAAGUAAAAGUGAAUUGAAUAAUAUCCAAGGUGAGACUAAGAGGUUUGUUGAAAUGAAGAAAUUGUUUUCUCCCCGAAAUAUAUAGGGGAAAAUAUGAAAAAUAUACUUGGAGUAAAAUGGUAGUAUAUUGCUGGCGUAAUUGAUGCACAAUAGGUAAAUAUUUAUGUACUAACUCCGUAUUGGUCUUGAGAGACGGAGGAGGCUAGGUUAGCUAAAAGAUGGUUAUCGAUUUAAGGAGCAAAAAGCUGUAUAGUUAUUAUAUAUGCCUCAAAAAAUAAUUUUAAACUUAAUGAUGGAAAAAUAAAUAGAUAAAUAAAUAUAUAUGCAUUAUUAUGAGUUGCGCAUGUCCAAUUAUAAGGUUUGUGUUCUCUCCUUCAU